AUGCCUCCGCUCUCUACUCAAAGCGCCCGUUCCAACCGACGAUCUGAAAUACUUGAAUGGUGCUCAAUCCUCCUGCAAACCUUGAAGAGCGACACCGAAACCCCGCUUCCCGUCGUGUUGGCGAUCAUCGCUCUGGAUGCCCGGGCGCUCGAGACAUGUCUGGCUGCUCAUCCCAAGCCGGCAGUGGAAAAGUCUGCCCUGAGGGUAACAAGGCGCGCCCUGCGUGCGGUUUUCUCUGACACAUGGGGCGACGACGCUAUCAAGCAGUCGGUUCAGCGCCUGACCAGCAAUGCGACCACUGGACAGAAGAAUGCGCCACUUAUUGGCGUCAUUUCCGGAGUCUGCGCACGCCUAUCUAACAAGAGCAACGUCCUAGAAGAGGAGAAGAAGACCAUCAUUGCAUACUACAUUAAAGAACUCGUCGGGGCCAAGGCUGCGCCGCCUGCACACAUCGCUAAUGGCUUGUCCGACUUCUUCGAGUCUUUCAUUACUGACGCGGAUCUCACGACGGAGAUACUCCCUCCGCUGGAAAAGGCAAUCUUGCGAUCUCCUGAGGUGGUAUUUAGCGCUCUGGUGCCAUCGCUUUUCUCGUCUCUGCCUUCGGAAAUCGAUCUUUCAGAAGUAUUACACACUCGCCUGCUGAAGCACUUGCUGUCUAGCAUGAAGUCGAACAACCCUGCCAUCCGACAAGGUGCUCUGAAAUCGUUCGAGUCGCUUCUAUCCAAGUCCAAGACCGAGAGCCUUCUUGUCAGGAUUGCCAGCGAGGUCAUCAGUCCCCUGAAAGGCAACAAGAUCACCAGCCCAGAGCAUCGUGGUAUUUACGCUCAAGCACUUUCAGUAGUCGCUCCCACAUCUGAUAUCUCCAAGGACAUUGUCCAAGGGUUUGUGCCGGUUUUCACGCGCGAGUCCAAUGAAGCUGCCCUCGAACAAGAAAUCAUGGCGUUUUCCAAGCAUCUCACCCACCUCAUCCAGUCAAAGGUGAAGAUUAGCGACGACGUUGUCAACGCCAUUGUCAAGGGGACCGCAGACAAGAAGAUUCCUUUCCGGAGACUAUGGCAACUCAACAUCGGCCAGGCGAUCUGGCAAGCUGAACCUGCAACCCUUGCGAGCCCUGAGAUCGAACCCUUCGUGACGAAGUUCUUGAUCAAAUUGAAGGAGAUGUUCAAAGAAGUCUCGUCGAACCCCUUACCGUCCGCGCAGAAUGGUGCGCUUUUCACAGCCUACGUAUACCUCGCCCUAUGCGGGCGAUUAUCUGCGCUCGAGACCUUCGACAAGGCGGCCUGGGAAGACUCAGUCGGACAAUCUAUGGCUCUCCAACCGAAGCCAUCAUUUCUCUUGAACCCCAAGGCUUACUCCAAGUUAGCCUCCCAAGCAGAGAUUCAAUGGGCCGUCAGAACCCUUGCUGCUGUCCCUUCUGCGGCAAAGUUCGACAGCGCUGAUGCACAAGCCAAGACUGCCUGGGGCGAGGCCUUCAUUUACGCCAUCACGGCACCCGGGCUUCACAAUAGUUUCCGCGAUGAAGCUGCCCGUACUCUGUCAAGUGUGCACGAGACGGACGCUGGUGUAAUGGGACGUGUCAUUACGGACGCCCUCUGGGCAUGGAUCCUUGCCUUCAGGACGGGAGAGAAGGAGUCUGCUCCCAUCUCUGCUGGUCAUGAGCAUCAAAGAUUCCUCCACCUGGUUGCAAAGGCGAUUUGCCCCGCGCCUUCAAGCCCAGAGUCGUCCGAGCAGUCCUCUGCUGCUAUCAAGAACCAGCUUAUCAGCCUGCUACUCCUCGCCCGGCCCGAAUUGAUUCUCAACGUUUCUUGGAUUGAUCUCUGCCUGAGGACUGGCACGGAUCCUGGUGACCUUGUUCGUGAAUACCCCAGUGAAUGCAUGGAUCAAUUGAUCCGCGUGCAAGAGGAUCCUAUUCAGUCAAAGGUACCGCAGAUUGACGCUGCUAUAUGGGCAGCGGCUGGUGACUUGGCUUUCGUGGCUCCCGAUGUCAUGGUCACUCGUCUUGUUGGCCAGAUCAAGGAGGAUCUGGACGUUUCGCGUGUGUCCCAUUUCACCCCUACCGAUGCUGCUAUCGCCAAGACUCCAGAAGGCACCAUGUUCGUAGACGUGCUGAACACAAAAUCGAGGCAAGCCUUUGACAAGAACACCAAAGACUACGAUAUCCUCAAGUGGGAGGAGGAAAUGCGGGCACACUUGGCUCAGAAGCAGGGCGAAAAGCCGAAGAAACUCACUGCAGACGAGCAAGCCAAGGUGAAAGCUCAGCUGGCGAAGGAAGCCAAGAUCCGUGAAGACGUUUUGCGUGAGGUGAAGAGAAUCGAACGAGGCUGCGGAAUCAUUCAGGGGCUUGCCGCUGGACCAGCUAUUGACGCAGACGACUGGAUUAACCCUUCGCUCGCAUCAUUACUGUCACUCGCAAAGGCAGGAGCUGGCUUGUUUGCUGGCGACGUCGUUUCAAGUGCCUACAUCAAAUGUUCGGAGAAGGUCUCUACGCGUCUUGGCCCUCUGCGUCAAUUUGUCGGAGUUGCGACUCUCAGAGCCAUAGGCAAGGGCUCUGUUCCGCCUGAGAUGGAGGUAGAACCUCUUGGAAAGCUUGUUACAAGGAUCCUCUAUCGCUUGCGCUUUGCCUCUGAACAGCGCCCUCUUGAUAAUUCCUCUCUGGCAUACGCCCUGCCCCUUCUAUUCACGAUCCUCGUCCAAAACGGCAUUGACGAAGAAAAGGGCGAUGAAGAGGGUGAGCAGGUACUGCUUGCUCUUGAAAUCAUGUCCUUCCACUCGGGCUCAUUCACCGAUAACCGUUUUCCUCGAGUAGAGAUUCUCCACCAGUUGAUAACCUCGAUGCAGAGAUACACCCAGCACUACAAGCUCAUCAAAGAUACUCUGUUCGAUGUCAGCAGAUACAUCGCACCGAACAUCAGCGAAGACGAAGUGAAUGUACUCCUGAAGGGCACCAUUGUCUCGGAACCGUCUGUUCGGUCGGCAGUGCUUCAGGCCAUUGACGCUGAAAUUGACCUAACCGACCUGGACUUCUCCGAGCAUAUCUGGAUUGAAUGCCAUGACCAUGCGGAAGAAAAUGCCGAGGUCGCCGAGAGCAUCUGGGAAGAAAAUGCUCUGGAGAUUGAUGAGACCGCAUACGGAAAGCUCAUUCCCUACCUCGAUUCCGAGGACCCCAAUCUCCGAGGGGCUGCGGCUCGCGCGUUGGCCCAUGCAGUCGAGUCAAAUCGCUCGGUCUUCGGGGAUAUUAUCGCUCAGCUUCAAUCGAAAUACGAAUUCGAGAUUCGACCAAAGGAGCCCGAGAAAGACAAGUAUGGCAUGCCGAAGAAGGUCGACACUACGGACCAUUGGGCGUCUCGCAGCGGUAUUGCUCUUGCUUUUGGAGCCAUGCAAAACUUAUUCGAAGGCGAACAGAUCGUUUCCUUCCUCCGCUUCUUGAUUGAACGAGGGCCGCUUAUUGACCGCAGCAGCGUGGUAAGAGAUCAAAUGGCCGAGAGCGGAAAGGGUGUCAUUGCCGCGCGUGGCCAGGAGAAGGUGGAAGAGCUCAUGAAGCUUUUGGAAACAACUCUGGAGACCUCAGACAAGGGAAGCGAGACCUCCGAUCUCCUUAACGAGGCAGUCGUCGUGCUUUACGGAUCUCUGGCUCAGCACCUGAAGUCGGAUGAUCCUCGUCUGCAGACAGUCAUCAAGAGACUUCUCGCCACCCUCCCAACGCCAUCCGAGUCUGUUCAGUCCGCAGUGUCUGACUGUCUUCCGCCUCUGGUCCGACUUGCCGGGCGCCAGAGCGGAAAGUACGCCCAGGAGAUGCUCGAUCAACUCCUUCAAACCAAGGGUUACGCAACCCAACGUGGUGCGGCUUAUGGGUUGGCAGGUAUUGUCAAGGGACGGGGAGUUUUCACUCUGCGCGAAUUCCGGGUGAUGCCUCAUCUCCAGGAUGCUGCUGAGAACAAGAAGGAGCCCCACCAAAGACUGGGUGCUCUGAUGGCGUAUGAGUUGUUCGCAACGAUCCUUGGCCGAACAUUUGAGCCAUACGUUAUCCAGGUCGUCCCGCAGCUCCUGGCCAGCUUUGGUGACUCGAAUGCUGACGUCCGCGAAGCCUGUUUGUAUACAGCGAAAGCCUGCUUCGCAAAUCUAAGCUCUUAUGGCGUCAAGCAGAUUCUCCCUACUCUGCUUGAAGGUCUUGACGAUACCCAGUGGCGUAGUCAGAAGGGAGCCUGCGAUCUGCUCGGAGCCAUGGCCUACCUCGACCCGCAGCAGCUUGCCGUCAGUUUGCCUGAGAUCAUUCCUCCUCUAACUGUCGUGUUGAACGAUACCCACAAGGAAGUGCGCAAUGCGGCGAACCGGAGUCUUCAACGAUUCGGAGAAGUUAUCAGCAACCCCGAGAUCAAGUCUUUGGUUAACGUGUUGCUCAAAGCUCUGAGCGACCCCACCAAGUUUACCGACGAAGCCCUUGAUUCACUUAUCAAGGUGUCCUUUGUCCACUACCUAGACGCGCCGUCUCUGGCUCUUGUUGUUCGCAUCCUUGAGCGCGGUCUUGGCGACCGGUCAGCGACGAAGCGCAAGUCUGCCCAGAUCAUCGGCAGUCUGGCUCACCUUACGGAGCGCAAGGACCUUAUUACUCACCUGCCUAUCAUUGUUUCUGGACUCAACCUGGCUAUUGUCGACCCUGUGCCGACAACUCGUGCGACUGCCUCCAAGGCUCUUGGUUCCUUGAUCGAGAAGCUCGGAGAGGAUGCCCUUCCCGACCUCAUCCCCAACCUUAUGUCUACCCUUAAGUCGGAUACCGGAGCUGGCGACCGGUUGGGAUCUGCCCAAGCUCUUUCCGAGGUUUUGGCGGGUUUGGGUACUACCAGACUCGAGGAGACGCUGCCAACCAUCCUGCAGAACGUCAGCAGCGCCAAGGCCACUAUUCGCGAAGGUUUCAUGACCCUGUUCAUUUACUUGCCUGCCUGCUUCGGAAACAGCUUCGCGCCCUACCUUGGCCGAAUCAUUCCACCUAUCUUGGCUGGUUUGGCCGACGAUGUUGACUCAAUUCGUGAGACUUCCCUGCGUGCCGGUCGCCUGCUGGUCAAGAACUUCUCUUCAAAGGCCAUUGAUCUCCUUCUUCCUGAGCUUGAGCGCGGUCUUGCGGAUGAUAGCUACCGCAUCAGAUUGAGUUCCGUCGAGUUGGUUGGCGAUCUGCUCUUCAGCAUCACGGGUAUUUCGGGCAAGGCCGAUGCCGAAGAAGAGGAAGAGGAAGCUGCACAGGCUGGACAGUCGUUGCUCGAGGUACUUGGAGAGGAGAGGAGGGACAAGGUUCUUUCCGCACUGUUCAUCUGCCGCUGCGAUACUUCUGGUCUCGUCAAGACUGCGGCAAUGGGUGUCUGGAAGUCGCUCGUUGCGUCUCCGAGAACUCUCAAGGAGAUGGUCCCUACCUUGUCCCAGCUCAUUAUCCGCCGCCUUGGCUCCUCCAACAUGGAACAAAAGGUCAUUGCCAGCAAUGCUCUGGGAGACCUUAUCAAGAAGGCCGGAGAGUCUGUUCUCGCCACCUUGUUGCCUACUCUCGAGGAUGGCCUCCAAACCUCGCCAGAUGUGGAUGUCAAGCAAGGUAUCUGUAUCGCUCUCAAGGAAAUCAUCACGUCUUCUUCUCCAGAUGCGCUCGAGGAUUACGAGAAGAUCCUUAUCUCCAUUGUCCGCGUGGCAUUGGUUGACCACGACGAUGAUGUUCGGGAAGCGGCCGCUGAAGCCUUUGACGCCCUGCAACAAAUCCUGGGCAAGAAGGCUGUGGAUCAGGUUCUGCCCCAUCUCCUGCUCUUGCUGAGGAAUGACGAAGAUGCGGAGCAAGCAUUGUCGGCAUUGUUGACCCUUCUCACGGAGCAAACGCGUGCUAACAUCAUCCUACCUAACCUCAUCCCGACUCUACUCACAUCGCCCAUCUCCACAUUCAAUGCCAGAGCUCUCGCGUCGCUUGCGGAGGUUGCUGGUUCUGCCAUGGCUCGUCGCCUGCCCACUAUCCUGAACACGCUGAUGGAAAACAUCAUCUCGUGCAAGGAUGACGAGCUGCGAGAGGAGCUUGACAACGCAUUCAGCACGAUCCUUGUUUCCGUGGAUGAGUUUGACGGCUUGAACGUUAUGAUGAGCGUGAUGCUGGCCUUGGUGAAGCAUGACGACGAGCACCGCCGUACCCGCGCGGCCGAUCAUCUCAAGAAAUUCUUCUCCGAGGCGGACAUCGACUUCUCCAGAUACUACCAAGACCUUAUUCGCGUCUUGUUGAUCUCCUUCGAUGACUCUGACAAGGAGGUGGUCAAGGCUGCCUGGGGCGCUCUCACCGGGCUUACUUCUCGUCUGCGCAAGGAGGAAAUGGAAGUUCUGUCCGUCCCGACCAGGCAAAUCCUCCGUGGCGUUGGAGUUCCCGGGGCCGACCUACCCGGCUUCAGCUUGCCAAAGGGUAUCACUGCCAUUCUGCCGAUCUUCUUGCAGGGUCUUUUGAACGGCAGCGUUGAACAACGUACCCAAUCCGCUCUUGCAAUUGGUGACCUUAUCGACCGCACGGCUGCAAACUCAUUGAAGUUGUUUGUGACUCAAAUUACUGGUCCGCUCAUUCGUGUCGUGUCCGAGCGCUCAGUUGAUCUCAAAUGUGCCAUCUUCUUCACACUCAACAAGUUGCUGCAGAAGAUUCCCCUGGCUGUGAAACCUUUCCUGCCGCAGCUUCAGCGAACCUUUGCUCGAGGUCUAGCGGACCAGACCAGUGAAACCUUGCGUGACAGGGCUGCCAAGGGUCUUGGAAUUUUGAUCACCCUGACGCCGCGUGUUGAUCCGCUCAUUGCAGAACUCAUCACGGGUACAAAGACCGCCGACGUCGGCGUGCGGAAUGCCAUGAUGAAGGCUCUACAGGAGGUUGUCGGCAAGGCUGGAGCGAACAUGAGCGAGGCUUCCAAGAACUCCCUUCUCGCUCUGAUCGACGACGAUGCCAGUGACCAGACCGACGCCGUCGCCAUCACGAACGCCAAGUUGCUUGGUGCACUUGUCAAGGUUCUUCCUCCGGCUACUGCUGGCCCGCUCAUCAAGAGUCGCGUGCUCACACCAAACUUCUCUCAUGCGUCCAUCUUGGGACUGAAUGCUCUACUUGUGGAGUCUCCGUCAUCCCUGACCGAGAACUUCGCGGCAGAGACUCUGAACUUGAUCUGCCAGGGUCUCACCCACAAGGAUCCCUUCAUUUCCGACAACAGUGUCCUCGCCGCUGGAAAGUACUUGCUACUUGAAGAGCAGCACAGCUUCGAGAGCAACAAGACUAUCUUCGAAGCUUUGGCGCCAUGUCUCCAACCCGGCACGCCGUCCGACACUCGGCGACUGGCGCUGGUCGUGAUUCGAACAGUCAGCAGACUGCAUCCCGAACUGGCACGACCUCAUCUUGCCCUUCUCGCGCCACCGAUCUUCGCCGGCGUUCGCGAUAUGGUUAUCCCCGUCAAGCUGGCUUCGGAAGCCGCCUUCCUCUCCAUCUUCUCCGUGGUGGACUCGGACGCGGCGGUCUUCGACAAGUAUAUGGCCGGACCCGGUGCAGAACUGCCCCCUGGACCCAAGCGGAGCAUGUCGGACUACUUCAAGCGAGUUGCAAUGCGUCUAGCCACCCAGGCACGGGAGAGGAGAGAGGCCGAAGGUGGACAGGGCGGUCUGGGGCUGUCGAACGACGAGGUUGAGGACGAGAAGGAGGUGUGGAGUAUUGGAAAGGUCGAGUUGGAGGGGUCGUUUGGAGACGAGGUCAACCUUCGCACCCAGAAGCGCCUCGCCGCCUCCGUGGUCGGCUGCGGCAAGCGCAAGAUUUGGCUCGACCCCAACGAGAUGAACGAGAUCUCCAACGCCAACUCCCGCCAGACCGUCCGCAAGCUCGUCAAGGAUGGCCUCAUCAUCCGCAAGCCCGUCACCAUGCACUCCCGCUCUCGCGCCCGUGAGCUCAACGAGGCCCGCCGGAUCGGUCGUCACCGCGGUCUGGGUAAGCGCAAGGGUACCAAGGAGGCCCGUAUGCCCUCCGGUCUCCUCUGGAUGCGCCGCAUGCGUGUUCUCCGCCGUCUCCUCGUCCGCUACCGUGCCGCCGGCAAGAUCGACAAGCACCUCUACCACGAGCUCUACCACCUCUCCAAGGGUAACACCUUCAAGCACAAGCGUGCCCUGAUCGAACACAUCCAAAAGGCCAAGGCUGAGAGGCACCGUGAGCGUCUCCUCAAGGAGGAGAUGGACGCUAAGCGUGCCAAGAACAAGGCUCUCCGUGAGCGACGACAGGAGCGCCUCGACGCCAAGCGCAACGCUCUGGUCGGCGAGGAGCAGGAGUAA